CUUCACACCCACACCCACCGACCCCGCAUCCGGGCACACCGCUCGAGCGUUCCUGCUGCAGGACCAGCACACCAACAAUCACCACCACAGCUGCAUACUACAGCACUAUCACACGACAACAUGACUAGCACCCCGCCCAAGGCGACCAACUCCCUCCCAUUCGUCCCCCUCACCCCCGACUCCAUCGACAUCGAGCGCGGGCGGUCCACCUCGCCUGCGCCGUCCGAGCCCGGCUCGCCGUCGCCCGGCCACCCGCGCAGGCGAUCGCGAUCGCGGCUCUCGUCGCUCUCGCUGCGGAGACGCCCCGCGAGCGUCGUGCACAUGUCGAGCGAGCCGAUUGUGCUCACGGCCGAGGCGCUGCUGGCCAUCGAGACGGACGCGGACAGACGCCUCGCGGUGUCGGUGCCUGCGCUGCCCUCGGAGACGGCGCACUUGAGGGAGGGCUCGAGCGACUCGGAGGCGGGGCUGGACGACUCGAAGACGCCCAUCGCGCCGACUGCGAACGGGAACGGACCCCAUGGGAUACGCGCGAGGGUGCUCAGCUUGUCGAAGCGGACCCGCCCCGCGGGCGUCAUGCACAUGUCGAGCGAGCCGAAUCUCAGCGGGCAGGCGCAGGCGCAAGCCAUCGCGGAGAGCCUGCUCAACAGCAGGGCGGCGAGAGCGUCGGGCUCCGAGUCCGCGUCGCUGCAUAGCAAGACGUCCGAGCCAGCCUUGAGCGCCGCGGCGGCGAAACCGCGCUCGCGCGUGCUCUCGCUGUCGUUGAGGCGCCGCCCGGGUAGCAUGGCGUCUGCCGCGGGCGCGCCGACUGCGAAGGCCCUCGCAGAGGCGAUCGCGACGGGGAUGCCGCCCGAGUCCACCACCAAGCCUGCGAACGGGGAUGGACAAGCGUUCCCGAUGACGCCGCCGCCGUCCGAGCCACGGACGUCGGUCGAGCACGAGGCGGACGUGAAGAGCGUGACGUCGGUCGAGUCGGGCGCAGCGUCGGGCCAGGAGGCGGGCCCAGGCCCGAGCGCGAAGAAGCGGACGCGCGUGCUGAGUUUGUCGAUGAAGCGGCCGGGGAGUAUACUCAGGAGGCAGGGGAGCGUGACGAGCGUGUCGAGUGGGAGUAAGAGCCAUACUGAGGAGCCGCUGCCAAUCAACCCGAGCUACGUGCAGAGCCAGCUGGACGAGGCCCGCGCGUCGUUGCGCAGCAAGGAGGGCGUGGUCGCAGUGCUCGAGCACGAACGCGACAACAUGCGGCGCGAACUCGAGGAGGCGCAGAAUGAGAUGAAGGGCCUCCAGGAGGCGAUCGAGGAGAAGCGCGAGGAGCUCGGGUCAUUGGAGGAGGUCCAGACCGCGCUUGCCAUCCGGGAAGAGUUGAAGCAAGCGAAGGAAGCAGCCAACGUGCAGGACGAGCUCGUCGGUUUCUUGCAAGGCAGACUGGCCGAGGUCGAACUCACGGCAGAAGCGGAGCGUCUCGCGAAGCAGUCGUCGGACGAGCGUGCGGCCGCGAGUGAGGCGGACUGCGUCACGCUCAAGGAGGACAAGCUUCGCCUCCAGGCGGAGAUGAGUAAGAAGGAACGGGAGCUCGGCGAGCUGCAGAACCGAUAUACUCAAGUCCUUGCACGCGCCGCAGAGCUGGACGCGCAGAAGCGGGAGCGCGCCGCGAAGGUGGCGGCGCUCGAGGCGGCGCUGCGCGAGGCACGAGACGGCCAGACACGCGCGGAGGAGAACCUACGCGAGGCCAUGGAGAGGAUCGCUGCCCUCGAGGAGGAGCGCGCGCAGUCUUCUUCGCAGGAAGAAGAGGUGAUGAAGCUCGUAGACGAGGAGCGGCGGGAACUCCUGGAACAGCUCCGCGCCGCGCAAGUGCAGGCGCAGGCGCAGAACGGGUCCGCGAACGCACAGGCGGCGCGGACCCCCGCAGGCAGGAGACACACCGCGCCGCGGCGGAGCGCGUGGGCUUCGAUAUGGGUACGUCUCGUCGCCCCCCGCGAUCGUCUGCGCACGGCGCUCACGGGCCUGCUCGCUCGACAGACGAACCCGUAUGUCGAAAUCCUCGGUGUCGUUGCUGCUGUGCUGGGCACGCGCGCGCUGCUGUGGUGGUUCGGCCAGCUGGACUGGCGCGAGCUCCUGCGCGUCACGUCGUGCGACGCGGGCGCGUUCGCGCACGGUUGCUUGCGCGCGGUCGGCUCGUCUGCGUCGUCGUGAUUGAAUGUUAACUUAUCCUAUUCGUUUUCUUCGGCGUUCUGCUCCUUGGGUUUUCUUCCUUGAAUUGCGUGGAUAUCGAGC